CAUCAUGUACGCAAGCCUUCAAAUCCCAGUAAAGUGUAUAAAAGAAGCAAUGGACGCUCUAUUCUUGCACCAAAAACUGAUAAAGGAAGAGAGAGAAAAAAAGAAGUUACAGCAUCAAACCCCAAACCAUGGCUCCCCUCAAUUAUCUUGUAGUAGCAUUCCCAGCCCAAGGCCUCAUCAACCCGGCCCUCCAAUUUGCCAAGCGUCUUCUACGCACUGGUGCGCAUGUCACCUUCGCCACUGCAGGGUCGGCUUACCGCCGCAUGGCCAAGUCCGACCCACCCGAAGGUUUGUCCUUCGCCUCCUUCUCCGAUGGGUCUGAGGAGGGGCUUAGGCCCGGGAUUGACCCCGAGCACUACAUGGCCAACGUUGUGCGGCUGGGUUCGGAAACUUUGAGAGACCUUGUCGUUACUAGCCUUAACGAAGGCUGCAAAUUCGCAUGCAUAUUUUAUACCACAAUCAUUCCUUGGGUUGCUCAGGUGGCUCAUUCUCUUCAAAUCCCCUCUACGCUCAUUUGGGUUCAACCUGCCACCCUUCUUGAUAUAAAUUACUAUUAUUUCGAUGGUUAUGGUGAUAUUAUCAGAAACCUAGGCAAGGAUGAUCCUUCGGCAUUGCUCCACUUACCGGGAUUGCCGCCACUAACUCCCCGAGACUUCCCCUCAUAUUUCACACCCGAAAACCAAUUUGCUUUUAAUCUGCCGAUUAUGCAAGUGCAAUUUGAAGUAUUCAAGGAAGAGAAGAAUCCAAGGGUACUCGUGAACACUUUCGAUGCACUGGAGCCAAGGCAAUUAAAAGUCAUUGGCAACGUCACCAUGUUUGGGAUCGGCCCGCUAAUUCCUUCCGCAUUCUUGGAUGGACAAGAUCCCUUGGACAAAUCCAUCGGAGCAGAUCUCUUCCGGAGUUCGAAAGACUACAUCCAGUGGUUAGACACCCAGCCUGAAGGUUCGGUGAUCUAUGUAUCAUUCGGAAGCCUCUCCGUCCUGUCUAAUGCACAAAAGGAGGAGAUGGCACGCGGCUUGCUAGGCACUGACCGUCCAUUCUUGUGGGUGAUUAGGAAGGACAAAGAAGAGGAAGUAGAGGAAGACGAAGAUCAGUUGAGUUGUUUGGAGGAAUUGGAGCAAAAGGGAAUGAUAGUACCAUGGUGCUCUCAAGUCGAGGUGUUGUCCCAUGCUUCGGUAGGGUGUUUCGUGACUCAUAGUGGUUGGAACUCAACCUUUGAGAGCUUGACUUGUGGGGUCCCAAUGGUGGCGUUCCCACAAUGGGGUGACCAGCAAACCAAUGCCAUGCUCGUUGAGAAUGAAUGGAAGGUUGGGGUGAGGGUGAACACGAAUGAGAGAGGCAUAGUGGAAGGAGAUGAGAUCAAGAGGUGCUUGGAAUUGGUGGUGGGAGAUGGAGAGGAGGGAGAGGAAAUUAGAAGGAAUGCCAAGAAGUGGAAGGGGUUGGCAAGAGAAGCUGCCAAAAAAGGUGGGUCAUCGGACAGGAAUCUCAAUGCAUUCUUGGAGGAGAUCCAAAUGGAAGCAAAUGGUCAUUAGAGUACUAGUACUUCACCUGUUAUUCCUUUGCUUUCAUAUUUCUAUUUGGUUUGAUAUUUGCAAUGUCUGGGAGGAAAUACAGUUCAUGUUACUGCAAGUAGAUAGAUUCUCAUGUAUAACAACAAUGAGAAUGUUGCGAUAAUACAAGGUUGUCUAUUUCA